AUGUCCCAAGGUGCUGAUCCUUCUCGGUGCGGUAGCCCAAAGCGAUCUGUCCCAGAUUCAAAAAUGGCCUCGACCUAUUCCGAAGUGGCAGAAACCUCGGAACCUAUGCAAGAACCUCUGAUUGGAGUCACCUUCAAGCUGCUUUCCCCUGCUUUGAUUGUCAUGAGAAAAACAAAAUCUGCACAAUCAUUACGAUGGACAAACAAUGCACGAGCUGCAAGAAACAUCCCUGUCGGCACCACAUUCGCUGGACUCGACCUGGCGCAUGCAAGAUUGUUCUUCCGAAAACAUUGUGACGAUGAACAGGAGAAGAGUUAUGGCAUAAGUCAAGCUCAUUGGGCGAAACUCCACACGUCGUUGAGCUCUUCUACACCGGACCAACACCAAGCCCUUCGAUUGAGAAUCAGUCGCCCGCGCCCUGAAAAGCGCAUGCUAUCACCCAGUGACGUUCCGCCAACACAAUCCAAGAAGACGAAGUUGUCCGUCCCUGAAACACUCGUAGAAGAUCCCCAACCAGCUCGUCCUGUGCCCACCACUCGCCGUUCGAAAUUUAAACCCUCCAUUCCGCGUUCGUUCAAUACGCCUCCUCCAAUUUCUACCCCCCAAAGUCAAUCCUCCAGCGAGCACAGUACAGCCCUGGACCCCCAAAGUCUUCCCCAACUGGAGACAAACGGCAGUACCUCGUCAUCUGAUAGUAUUCAACGGAAGCCAAAUGGCAGUCCCGAGCCGUCAAGUUCGGAGAGAGAGCUGGCCAAAUUGACCUCACUCCUCAAAGACACAGCAGCCUUACUCGCCAUACGCACGGAGGAGGUCCAACGACUCCAGCGCGAAGUAAAAGUCCAAGCGCUUGGCAACACCCUCUCUCAAGAGUAUGUGACGCUCCAGAACCUCCUCCCUGGACCGCCUUCGAUUACCCUAAGGUUGAAGGUUCAGAGAAUGCAGACGGAGUUGGAACAACUUCGCGCUACUCGUGAACGCACUGAGAAGGAUCUCGCCGAGAUGAAGGAUCUCCACUACAACCUCCAGAUGAACUCGAUUCCAUUAGAAGAGCACAAACGAAUACUAUCUGCACUUUCCUCUGCACAGCUCCGGUGCCUACAGGAAACCCGGCGUAUCCAGGAACAAUAUAGCCAAUCAACGAGCUCGUAA